AUGUUGCAUGAUGCUGAUGAGGAAGAACCCUCCAAGUCAGGAAGCAAUCUUUGUAGCCAAGACAGAAUGGAGAAGAACAUGGAAAUUGAUAGCAGUCAUGGAAAAGCUCCUACUACAUCAUCAAGCGAGUCACCACCAAGAACAAUAGAAUUAUUAUGCAAGUUUUGUAAUAAGAAAUUCACAAAUAGCCAAGCUUUGGGUGGACAUCAAAAUGCCCACAAGGAUGAAAGAGCAGCAGCAAAAAAGCAAAAGAUUCUUAGCAUGGCUUCUGCUUACAAAGACUCAUCGCUUGAUUAUUCCACCUUUGCUUCAAAUCAAGCUUAUGGAUUUGGUGGCAGAACAAUGGGGUUUCAUCAAACUAAGCCUCAUGACUAUAAAUGGCCUCAUAUGCAACUCAAACAUGACUCUUGUGAUGAUCCAUGGCAAAGGCACCACAUUAUGAAUCGUUCUCAACCCACUUUGCAUCUCUUGCAGACUUUGAUGGCCGGUGGGAGUGGAUUUCAUCAACACCACAAAUCCGAUCAAUCUGUAUUUUUUACUACAUCUAGUGGAAGACCACAAAAUUUAGGGUUGCAACCACAUUUGUUACAUCCUAGUUUAUGUGACAAUGAGAAGUUUGGUCAAGCAAGCAAUUUUCCAGUAGGAUCUCAAAAUGCUAGCUUAGAGAGACAUGAUUUCAAUGUCAAGCCUUUACGAGAUAGUGAGAAUUUGGAUCGAGCAAGCGAUUCUUCAACAAGACCUCUAAAUGCAAGUACUGAGGGACUUGAUAAUAUUUCUGGCCAUGUAAGUAAUUCUCCUUCAAUGCCUGUGAAAGGAACUGUAGAGGGGCUUGAUUUGACUCUCAAGCUUUAA